AUGCUUAGUUUAAUUUUAUUAUUUUUUAUACUUCCCAGGGCAAAUUCUGCUGAUUUUAAAAAGUACGAUCUUAUACUAAUACCCGUAAUAAAAGUACACGAAUCAGAUAAAAAUAUUCAUGAUUUGUUCUCUUGGGAAGAACACAGAAAAAAUAGCAGAGAAAAUUUGCAUAAGUUAGACAUAGAACCAUAUGACGAUGCGUUAGAUGUCGCUGAUGUUGACAGUUUCGAUUAUACAAAAGACCGAAAUGAAAAUCCUGACAGUCAUCAAAAAUUAGAACAGGACAUUUUGCAGUAUGGUGAAGAUAAAAUAGUUGGAGGAUACGAAGUAGAUAUCAAUUUGUAUCCGUACCACGUGGCGUAUGGCAGUAACUGUGGUGGUGCCAUCAUUGAUAAGAAGUGGGUUAUAACUGCCGGACAUUGUGGUAAAAAGCCAUAUGUACGAGUAGGGUCGAAAUACUUAAAUCGAGGUAAGAAAAUAUCGGUGAGGAAUAACUUUAUCCACCCUUUCUGGUCAUCUAAAAAUAAAGAACAUCCAUUUGACUACGAUUUUCAACUUUUGGAGCUCUCUGAAACAUUAAAAUUUGGAGAAAAUAUUCAACCAGUGAAGAUUGCGCAUAUAGAAGAUAUGGUUAUUGGUAAAGUUGUCACUGUCACUGGAUGGGGGAAUACUGAAGAGAAUGGUCCUUACUCAAAUGUGCUUCGAGCAGUGCGUGUACCAAUUAUAUCGAAGGAAAAUUGUCAACUAGUGCCGUAUCCAUACUUUAGAGGCGCUCUUACUCCUAGGAUGUUUUGCGCAGGAUUUGUGGAAGGAAAGAAAGAUGCUUGUCAGGGAGACUCCGGCGGUCCCGCAGUCGCUUAUGAUAGAUUAUUAGGCAUGGUGUCCUUUGGCUAUGGCUGUGCUACUCCUGGUUCUUAUGGAGUUUACAGUAAAGUGGCCAAAGUAAGAUCUUGGAUAGAAGAAGUAACUGGAUUGAGAUUAGAU